CCACUUUCCAUUGCAGUUUUGUCUAAGUUAUUUUUUUUUUCACACAUCCAUCUUUUCCUUCUCUAUUUAAUUCUUUUAUAAAUGGUUUCUUAUCGAACGUGCCUUCAUCAAAUCAUCUGAAAACGAACCUCAAGUCACUGGAAUUUUCUAGUCUUCUAUCCAUCAUCGAUCCCAGGUACCUAAACACAGAAUGUACAGUGUGAAGAAGUUAUCUCUUUGUAACCGUACUACCAAAAUAAAUAAUAAUUGUACUAUUCAAUUUAACCUUGCAGCUUUCUCUUUCUCUUUUAUAUAUUAUCAUUUUCAUUUUGAAAGAAUGGCUGAAAUCGAUGCUGACAAGAGCAACAGUAGCAACCCACAAGUCUGAAAAGAUCUCUUCCAAUAUGAUAGAUGGACAGUUUAGAUAGAUACAAGCCUUCAGAUGUUUAGCCUCCUCUUGUGCUUUAACUAUAAUUAGACUCUUAUGUUAAUAAUGAUAUCAAGCGUCUAAAUGGGCUGCUAAUAACUGCAAUUAAUAAUUAAUGGUGAAUUUAUAAAAGUGAAGAGAGAGGUUUUAUGCAUAUCUGAGUCUGACACAGAUUUAGUUUUUUCAGUUUCCGUAUGAUUAAAGCAAAGAUUUUGCCGUCGAAUCUAUGGCAACGUACUUUCAUGGUAACUCAGAAAUCCAAGCUUCUGAUGGGAUCCAAACCCUCUAUCUUAUGAACCCAAACUACGGAACCUAUUCUGACACAACAAUCCUAUUCAACCCCGCCGGUAACUCGCUAAGCCCCUCAAUCGUAUCCCUCGCACCGCCGUCUAGCAACCAUCAUCUUCCUCUUGUCGGUGUACCACUUCCUUCGCCAUCCUCCCACACCACUGAGGAUAUCAACAAUCGUUCAUCUUUUCAUGGGGUUUUCUCUGGUGUCCAACCAGAUUUAUGGGCUUCGAUCGAACAGAAUUCAGCCCCUAACCACCCACAGAUUGUCACUUUGGCCAAUCCAGGCGAUGACAGUGAGGUGGAGUUGCGGCGGCCUGUAGCUUCGUCUUGCAGGCAAGGGUUGUCACUAAGCCUUUCUUCACAGCAAGGAGUUUAUAAUAGGCCAACUAAUGUUGAAGUUGAUAUGCAAGGUCGAGGACAAGUUGGUCUAACGAGGGUAUCUGAGAAUUCUCCUUCAUCGGUUUCUGUUGUUUCGAAUGCAGUUUCAAUUAUCCCAAGUGUUGUUUUGGGAUCUAAGUACUUGAAGCCUGCACAGGCGCUUCUUGAUGAGGUUGUUAAUGUUGGCAAUAUGAUAUUUGACUCCACCCAAGCGAGCAAAGAGAAGAUGAAAUUACACAAAGAAACCACGGUUUUGACCGAAGAAGGGUCAAACGGUGACGAAAGUAAAAGUGCUAAGAUUGCAGCCGAGUUAACAACAGCCCAGAGACAAGAUCUUCAAAUAAAGAAGGGAAAACUUGUUACCAUGCUCGACGAGGUUGAGCAAAGAUAUAGGCAGUACCACCUUCAAAUGCAAUUAGUGGUGUCCUCAUUCGAGCAGAUGGCAGGUUUUGGUUCAGCAAAAUCCUACACGUCUCUGGCUUUGCGGACAAUCUCAAAGCAAUUCCGGUGUCUUAAGGAUGCAAUUUCUGGACAAAUCAAAGCCAUAAGCAAGAAACUGGGUGAAGAAGAUUUCUUAGGAGGAAAAUUUGCAACAUCCAGACUCAAAUAUGUUGAUCAUCAGAUUCGGCAACAACGAGCUCUACAACAGUUGGGAAUGAUGCAGCAUAAUGCUUGGAGACCUCAGAGAGGAUUGCCUGAGCGAGCCGUUUCAGUUCUUCGUGCUUGGCUCUUCGAACACUUCCUUCACCCGUACCCUAAAGAUUCAGAUAAACUAGUUCUCGCCAAACAAACAGGGCUUACCAGGAGCCAGGUGUCUAAUUGGUUUAUCAAUGCUCGAGUUCGUCUCUGGAAGCCAAUGGUGGAAGAAAUGUACUUGGAAGAAAUGAAGGAACAACAACAAAAUAGUUUUGAGGAGAAUGAGAGCAGACCCAAUGAGCAGAAGGAGACAUUUAAACUGGAGCAAGAAAAAUCAUUCCAUGGGAAAGCAGGAAAAUCAACCUAUCAAAAUGCUUCUCCUACUAAACUUUCAAACUCAACAAUAUCGACGUCCCCAAUGGGGGGAACUCUUCACCCAAAAACUGGAUUCAAUCUCAUUGGAUCUUCUGACCUUGAUGGGAUUGAUAAAAGAACUGCAAAGAAACCAAGUAGUGCUCAUGACAUGCAUAGCUCAAUCGAGAUGGAAAUGAAACAAGGUGACACAAGCAGGGAGAUUAGUGGGAAUAAUAAGUUUGGUGGUGAAAGGCUGAACAAAGAUGGGUACUCGUUAAUAACAAACACAACUGAUCAUGGUGGUGCUUUUGGAACUUACACAAUGGGAGAGAUGGAAAGGUUUAAUCCAGAUCGUCAACUGGCUUCAAUAUUUCAUGGAAAUGGUUUUUCACUAACGCUGGGUCUUCCACAUGGUGAAAACCAACAAAAUCUACUCUCCAGCCAGAAUAUUCAGUUGGGAAGAGGGCUUGAAUUAGGAAGAAGCGAGUCUGAUAAUUUCUGUGGCAUUAACUCCCCACAAUCUUCUCAUUCUAAUGCUGGUUUUGAAAACAUUGAUAUUCAAAGCAGAAAGAGGUUUGCCGUCCAAUUGUUGCCAGAUUUUUUUACCUAAAUGUAUCCAUGCAAGCGCGUCAGCUUUCAACAAUAUAAUGUAGCAAAUCUCUCCUUUAUGUCGUUUAAUUCAGCAGGGUAAUUAUGUUUAAGUUAAAUGACGACUCAAGCUUAGGCCAAGAAACUAAAGAUUUGGAAGAUUAGCCAGGCUAGUAGGAAUAAAUAUAGAAGGAUGCUUUGAUUGUGAAGAAAGACAAACAGUAGUUUAGGUUUAUACUUACUGAAGUAUUUACGUAUAUAUAUUUUAGAACAAAGUUUCAUUGUAAAUUUGAGUAUUGUAUAUUUUAGUGGUAUAUUGUGAAAUAGAUUGCUUGAAGCAUUCUAGGAAUAUAAAAAUUUCGCAUUUGCAAAUAUUAUUUAAUAGAAGUAACGUACGGUUGAUUUUAUAA